AUGAUCUCCGACGGCGAUCUCUACCGCUUGGCCAUCUUCUUGGGCUCAUGCGCCAUGAUGAUGAUUGUUCUCUACCACUUCCUCGAUGUCAAUGCCCGCGACGAUAAGGAGUCUUCCGAAAACACCUCCGCAAAGCCCGCCCGCGCCACAGUCAAGGCCACGUCGCCAACAUCUUCAGAGAGCACAACCACCUCAGCGCCAACCACGGGGAAUGCACUAUGA